GCGCCAACUACAUGCAUGUCCCCCGGGGGCAAGUUCGACUUUGACGACGGGGGCUGCUACGUGGGGGGCUGGGAGGCGGGGCGGGCACAUGGCUACGGCGUGUGCACGGGGCCCGGCGCCCAGGGCGAGUACAGCGGCUGCUGGGCGCACGGCUUCGAGUCACUGGGCGUCUUCACGGGGCCCGGCGGACACAGCUACCAGGGCCACUGGCAGCAGGGCAAGCGCGAAGGGCUGGGCGUGGAGCGCAAGAGCCGCUGGACGUACCGCGGCGAGUGGCUGGGCGGGCUGAAGGGGCGCAGCGGCGUGUGGGAGAGCGUGUCGGGCCUGCGCUACGCCGGGCUCUGGAAGGACGGCUUCCAGGACGGCUACGGCACCGAGACCUACUCCGACGGAGGCACCUACCAGGGCCAGUGGCAGGCCGGGAAGCGCCACGGCUACGGGGUGCGCCAGAGUGUGCCCUACCAUCAGGCGGCGCUGCUGCGCUCGCCCCGCCGCACCUCCCUGGACUCCGGCCACAGCGACCCCCCGACACCGCCCCCACCCCUGCCCCUGCCGGGCGACGAGGGAGGCAGCCCGGCCUCAGGCUCCCGGGGCGGCUUCGUGCUGGCCGGUCCGGGGGACGCUGAAGGCGCGUCCACCCGCAAGCGCACUCCCGCGGCCGGCGGGUUCUUCCGCCGCUCGCUGCUGCUCAGCGGGCUCCGGGCUGGCGGGCGCCGCAGCUCCUUGGGCAGCAAGCGGGGCUCCCUGCGCAGCGAGGUGAGCAGUGAGGUGGGCAGCACAGGACCCCCGGGCUCCGAAGCCAGCGGGCCCCCGGCCCCAGCUCCGCCCGCCCUCAUUGAGGGCUCUGCCACUGAGGUGUAUGCGGGCGAAUGGCGCGCCGACCGGCGCAGCGGCUAUGGUGUGAGCCAGCGCUCCAACGGGCUGCGCUACGAGGGCGAGUGGCUGGGCAACCGGCGGCACGGCUACGGACGAACCACCCGCCCGGACGGCUCCCGCGAGGAGGGCAAGUACAAGCGCAACCGGCUGGUGCACGGGGGGCGCGUGCGCAGCCUCCUGCCUCUGGCCCUUCGGCGGGGCAAAGUCAAGGAGAAGGUGGACAGGGCUGUCGAAGGCGCCCGUCGAGCCGUGAGCGCUGCCCGCCAGCGUCAGGAGAUCGCCGCUGCCAGGGCGGCAGAUGCCCUUCUAAAGGCAGUGGCAGCCAGCAGCGUCGCUGAGAAGGCUGUGGAGGCAGCUCGAAUGGCCAAACUGAUAGCCCAGGACCUGCAACCCAUGUUAGAGGCCCCAGGCCGCAGACCCCGGCAAGACUCAGAAGGUUCCGACACAGAACCCUUGGAUGAGGACAGCCCUGGGGUAUACGAGAAUGGACUGACCCCCUCAGAGGGCUCCCCUGAACUGCCCAGCAGUCCUGCCUCCUCCCGCCAACCCUGGCGACCCCCUGCCCGCCGGAGCCCACUGCCUCCUGGAGGGGACCGGGGUCCCUUCUCCAGCCCCAAAGCUUGGCCUGAGGAGUGGGGGGGGCCAGGUGAGCAGGCAGAGGAACUAGCUGGCUAUGAGGCCGAGGAUGAGGCUGGGAUGCAGGGGCCAGGGCCCAGAGACGGUUCCCCACUCCUCGGAGGCUGCAGUGACAGCUCUGGAAGUCUUCGAGAGGAGGAAGGGGAAGACGAAGAGCCCUUGCCCCAGCUGAGAACCCCAGGGUGCUUGGAGCCUGAGCCCAUGGCCACGCCAGUCCUGAGGGGCCCAUUCUCAAGGGGUCCUGAAGCCGGGUGCCUGAUGGAAGAGUUUGAGGAGCCUGCUGCAACGGAGAGGCCCAUCCAGCCGGGAGCUGCCAACCCCCUGGUGGUGGGAGCCGUGGCCCUCCUGGACCUCAGCCUGGCGUUCCUGUUCUCCCAGCUCCUCACCUGAGGCUCCUGCCCAGCCUAGUUCUGGCUUCGGUUGCUGCCUCUUCACUUCUUUGACCUGCCUUUUUCUCUUUUCCUCCUCCUGGUUGUUUUUUUCUCCUCUCUUUCUUUCUCUUCUCCCUUCCCAUUCUUUUCUGUUCCCCCUUUGUUUUUGUCUUUUGCUUUUUCUUUCCAGCUGUCCUUUCAGAUUCUCUCAUUUAUUCUGGAUCUGUCUCUGUCUUCCUCACUCUCUUCCCCACCCUGCCCCACCUCUCUCUCUAGAUUGUUUACAUAUGAAGGGCUUUUCUCACUCAGAGUUGCUCUCUUCUCUGAGACACACAAAUCUAAGUCAGACCAUUGCCCCAUGUCCUCCCCGCCUUUUCUUUAGACCUGAACUUCUGUGAGGGUGGGGGUUUGGUAUCCUGAGGGGUCUCCCGGAAGCUGAGUGGGAAGGAAGAAGAAAAUGGAGAAGGGAUGACUGUAUACUGGGCAAGGCACUGGCUGAGCUGCUGUGGCUCCCUGACCCAAGGGGCCUGGUGUCCCUCUGAGGCCUAGUGGAAGAGCUGGAGGAGGUAUGGCCUCCAUCUCUGACCUUGGAGGAUCCGAUCUCACCUCCAAGCACUGAACUAGGUUCUUGCCUAACUCCAUCCUUCCCUGAAGGAGAUAGGGGAGAUGAAAAGUAGAAUGACUCCCUAGGAUCUCCCUCUUCCUUUCCUCAACAGCCAGCCUCUCGUCCAACCCCCCUAGGGUGGCAUGCCUUGUCAAGAGCAAUGUGUAAAGGAAAGAAAAUGUCUAACGCAGUCACGUCUACCCACUGACCUCUCCCACCCUCUUCUCCCCCCCCCUAAAAUUUAUUUGGUUGGUCUGGACUCACUUGUGGCCUUUGAUUAGACUUCUAAGGGGCCUGAAGAAGACAUUUCUAUUGCUGAGGGUUAGAGGCACUUGAGCUAGGACCCCACUCCCCAACUCUGGCAGUUGUGGUGUGCGGGUUGCAGGGAGGCAUUUUGGGGAACACAACCAGCCUAGGUAAGAGGAACUCAGAGCAGCAGAAGCUGUGACAAGUUUAGUAGUCUAAAUGGGUUAUAUCCCUUCCCCCCAUCACAUCAGGAUCUUGUGAAAUGGGAAAACAACAGAAAGAGGGAUCGAAGGAAGCCAAUCUCUCACACACUUUCCAGGCAGGGCAGAGGUGGCAGUCAAACCAGGGUGAGAGGUGGGUGGAGAGCCCUGUUUGAGAUUGUGGCUGAUCCCUGUUAAUAGCUUUCCCCUGGGGGCAGGAAGCCCUAGGAAGAGGGGUCCCCUCUGUAGGGUCCCCAGGGGAUCUUUCCUCCCUCCCCUGCAUGAGGCAGACGCAAGCUGCCUGCCAACCCCCUCCCUCAAGGAAUGGCCUUGCCUGGGAAUGCCCACCAUACAUACCCUCUUCUUUUUUUCUAGUCAAACUCUGUUUACUCCUUGGCCUGCCUCCCUCCCUCCCCUCUAAAUCUUUACUUCUGAUUUCUAUUUCAUGGAAUUUGGGAUUGAAGUUAAACUACAACAGUGCCGCUAACACCAAGUCUUGCAGGAAAAAAAUACAAAGAAAUUUAACAAAA